AUUAUGACUACAGUAUAGGAUAUAUUGUCUAUUGAAUGAAUUGAUUGAUUGAUUGACUCAAUAGUGAAUUUAUGGAUCAAUUGAUGAAUUGAUUUAAUGAUUAAUUUGUGACACAAUUAUGACAUUUGAUGUCAACAUUGUUUUGACACUAAAUCUAUUGAUUUGAUACGACUCUGACUUUGAAUAUGAAAACAAAGAAGUGGUUACCGGACUCAAGAGGCCAACGAAAUGAUGGUUCGUUUGAUUUGUUGGAUUUGUGGCAACAUUUAAGACGAGAGCAUAUCUUCGUUUCCAAUGAAAGAUAUCAAUUGCAGAAACUCAAUGAAAAGAUGAUAAUAAGCUCAUCCCGAGUAUUCAAUACAUCUUAUAUAUCACGAGAGCAGCGGUCAAACUGUGAACGUCUUCUAACUCAUGGAAACAGUGAUCUCUUGAACUGUUGUAAUGCAUCCAAUCGUUUGGAAAGUCUUCACUUUGUCGACUCAUACAAGAAGUUGACAGCAAAUGAAUUGCAUAUUUCAGAGUUAAUGAGUUUUCUUCGAAAAACUCCAGAAGUGUUGGCUAAGUGUGUAAUAAGUAUUGGAAAAGUGAAGCCAGAAAUGGUUGAAAAUAUAUCACAUAUUAUUUUGUCGACUCUUUACUCCAAUUGUAUCUUAAGUGAAGAUAAAGUGUUUGCAUUGAAUCUAAUGAAACAUUUGAUUGUUUUGGAGUUAUCUGUUCUCCCAAAUCCACGGCGAGUAUUGCGUUACAAUUGGUGUGCUUUUAAUCAUAUUUAUCGGUUAUUUUGCGACCAAAUAUUGGAUGCAAAGCCCUUCCUUACGGCAGCACUUUAUGAGCCAAUUAUGCAAUUGUUAGCCGAAGACGAUCUGUUCUUAGAUAUGGAUCCUAAUAGAGCUGCCGUCAGGUUUGCUCCGUCCGAACGGAUCAGACAUUUUGGUAAAGAAGGGACUCAAUUAUAUUAUGAAAAUCUUCAGAAGUAUAGAAUUUGGACAAUCAAUAAAUUAGCACAUUUUGUCACGAAGUUUAUAGAAGGCAUUCAAAACAAUAUUUACUGCUUUCCUCACAGUCUUUCGUGGAUUAUAAGACAACUCUAUGUUAUUAUUAUUGAAAACAAAAAUAUUGAGUCUCGAGAAGUCGGUGCCAUUUGCACUGAUCUCUUGUUUGGCUUUUUUAUUUGUCCCGCUAUUUUGAAUCCCGAUUUUUUGGGUAUUACCGACGCUCAUGUCAGUCAUAUUUCACGAUUUAAUUUACAACAAAUUGCGCAAAUCAUUCAAAUGUUAGCUCUCUCUAAAUGGGAACAAAUUGAUUCUAAAUUAGACGAUCUCUACUCUAAGGUACCUAAAGAAGGAAUUGCAAAACUAUUGGAUCAAAUCCUUGAUAAACGUAAUGAUGAUUUACCAGAAGAACUUAAUAAUCCACAGAUUAUUACUAAAUAUUCAGUUCUUAUAUCAGAAUUUGAGCUCAAAUUAUUUGUUAAUAUUUUAAACCAAUUGAAUAUUGAAACAGUCGAUGAAAAUAUAAAGAAAAUGAAGGAAAUUCUUGAUAAAAUUCCUGAGAAUUUUAUUAUUGAAAGCAAUGAUAAAUCAAAUGUAAAUUUAAAUCCAGAAAAUUCACCGCGAAAUCGAAGAAGUAUUUUAAACAGGGUUACUAAAAAUAAGGGUAAAUUGACUGAAACAUCUAUCACUUCACAAAAUGAAUUAAUUAACAACCAAAACAAGUUUAGUGACAAUCAAUUAGCAGAUGUAUUAGUGAUACCUAUUGGAAGCACUCGUGAUUGUCCCGGAAUGCUCUCUGAAGAUAAAGUAUUAAAAGCUGAACAACAAAAGCGAUCGACAAAAGUUAGACUGAAUUUGGAUUUAUUGUUAACUCAAAAUAAUGAAGAGACUGAAAGUGUUGUCAGUGCUGUCAGCGGUAGUGAAAAAAGGACACGAUUUUCAUUAUCUCAAGAUCAGGAAUCAAUUGGAACAAGUGAUAACUUAGAAGCCAUCUCUGAGGCCGCUUCUAAUCAUUCUGUUGAAUCCUCUUUAGAUUUAGAGAAUGAAAACGACAAUAUGUCUGAUAUGGUUUCAGCGAAUGUUAGCUCAGGUAGAGGAACGCCUAAUGUCAGCGGUCGUGAUACCCCUUCAUCACACUCUCCGAAUCAAUCGAGUCCUUCGUCUGAUGAAGAAGUCGAAGAUGAGCCGAUGGCAGAUGCAGUUGCAGUGCCCGUAAAUAUUGUCAGUUCUCGUAAUAACUCAACUUUCAGACGUCUUAAUACUAUUCCCGUAACUCAACCCAAUCGUCCCGCUAAUAGAGACGACAUUGAAGACAAAUUUGGUAAAUUUGAUAUAAAACCUGUGGCUGCUGUCGAUGAAACUAAAUCAAUGUUAAGCGACACCUGGAGUACUGAUGUUUUGGGCAGUGAUUCGGAAGCUAUCGAACAAUCGGAUAAUUUAACAAAUUUACAAACUCCGGGAAUUAAUAUGUUAUUUGCUGGACAACAGUCACAAACAUUGCAAUCAAUUUUGGAUUCAUCAGAAACUGCCAGUCAGAGUGAUGCCUGGAGUACUGAUGUGUUGACAUCAGAUACUGAAAGAUUAAAAGAGUUUGAUCCGGACGAUAGUGUUAGUGUCACCCGAUCGGAACCUGAAGAAGAAACUAUGUCUUAUGAGUGCAAUAGUCUUAUUGAAAGUCCUAAGAAUGGGACACUUAAACAAAGAAACGUCAAAAUUGGUCCAAAUUUGGCUCAUUUUUCACAAGAUGUUACCGAUUCUUCUGGCACUUCUACAAUAAUUCGGUCCAAGAGUUCAAAUUCGAAUUCAUUGAAAUUAAUAAAUUUAGCAAAAAAUGAAAUCGAAAGGAAUUCAUUUGGUGAUACACUUGUUAGUGAUAAUAGUGACCAUUUUGGUGAUAGCUUUUCUAUGUCUUUAUCGCCCACUUUAUUAUCACAUAAUAUGCAAUCACUCGGAAGGUUAACAUUUGAUGUCCGAAAGUUUGAAGAGGAUGUUAACGUUCGGUCUGUAAUUAAUGACAAUAUAUCUAAAUGUAAUGUUAUGUCUACUAAUGGAUCCAAUGUUUCUGAAUUAUUAUCUAUUGAUUUGAUACAAAAGAAAGUAACAAAACAAAUAAAUAACGAUUUAGUCAAUAGUUUGAUUGAUUUUGAAAUGGAUAUCUCUAAUGAUGCCAAUCAAACAGUAAAGACUAUGGAAUCAAAUAAUAUGAUUUGUAAGAUGCAAACUGAAGAGCAUUCAAGUGAACAAUUGACAGUUUCAAGUGAUUCAACAUUUAAUACUUCAGAUCUAUCGAUAUGUAGUACAAGUAGUACUAUUGAGAUAAAAAAUGUUAAUAAACAAUUCAAUCACGAAUCUACCGGUGCGAUACCAAAAACUUUAAGACCUAUUAUAAAUACAAGCGGUCGUCAUCCGGGAUAUUCACCUAAUGAUGAUGAACUCAACCGUCACACUAAUAGAAAAGGAUUUUUCAAAUUUUCAAACUUUAAAACAACUUUCAAAGACAAAAUGCGUUCACUUAAAGACAACAAAAGAGUUUCAUCUAAUGAUGACUAUUAUGAUUACGAUUCUUCUAAAUUCAAUCAAUCGAAUGCUGAUUACAGUAUCAAUGAAUCUUCAGAUGAAAUUUUGGCCAAAUAUAGAGCUAAAAGUUGUUUAAUGAAUACGACUAGUGAUGAGAGUCCUAUAAAAGCAAAUAUAACAACAGAUAUGCUUAUUGAUGAAGAAAAGAAUAAUUCAUUGAAUGAAUUGGAAGUUCUUGAGAUCACUAAAAGAAAAUUAAGACGAGUUCUAAGUUUAAUUGAUUUGAUUACAAUACCAGCUCUUAUGAAUCAUACGAGUAAUGCUAAUAAUAGGACAAAAGUUAAUGAAAUUAUUAAUAUUCUUAAGUUACUUCGCGCUGAAGCUAUAAAUCUUAGGAAUAUAAGUCAUUCAGUUUUAUUGAACGAAACUCUUCGCAGUAUUGAAUCUCUCGAUGAAAAUACAUUUCAAAAGUUGUUUUGGUCUUUAAAAGAGGAUUACAAGAAAAGGAGUGUUUAUAUAUCAUAUCUGACACGAUGUCGACAACAGUUAUUGUCGAGUUUGGCUUAUUUUGAUAGUAUUUUACAACACAUUGAACGGGAAAAAUCUAUUUGUUCUCGAAAUUUGAUAUCACUUUCUGUAAAACAAUUUCUUGAACGUAAAGACAGAAGCGUACAAUUGUUUAUCAAGAAGUUUCAAUCACUGAUAGCGGCCGACGAAAAGACACAAUUAGUCGAUAAAUUUAUGGUUUUUCUUGAAAGUACUUUAAAUAGUGAUAGUCAGUGGCAAUCGGCUACUGAAGACCAGUUAGAAAUGGCUAAACAACUGAUUGAGAGACAAGUGAUGAGUCAGAUCUAUAUUCAUGCACUUUAUCCUAAUGGUGACGGAGAUGUCUUACGCGAUCAAAUUCUUCAUAAAUACAUUCAAAAUUUAUCGCAAACUAUAACACCAAACCAUAAACAUCUAGGAAUCCCAAAGAUAUACCACUCAGAGAGUCCCUGGCCUUCAGCUCAACAUGAAAUACAAGCCAUUGGCGCUCAUAAGACACCCCGAGAUAAGAUCAAGUGUGUGGUCAAGUGUUGCACUAAUAUUAUGAAUUUGUUGAGUUUAGCCACAGACAGAUCGGUUCCAGCGGCAGAUGAUUUGAUGCCUGUUCUCGUCUUUGUUCUCAUCAAAGCAAAUCCACCAUCACUUUUGUCAACUGUUCAAUACGUCAGCAGUUUCUACGACAAGCAUUUUGAAGGCGAAGAAGCGUAUUGGUGGACACAGUUUUGUUCAGCCAUUGAAUUCAUUAAAACUAUGGAUUAAUCCAUCCAUUUAUUGAUUUUAUUGCAAAACUAUUA